CCGGAGGAACCAGGACCUUCUCAGGAGGACCCAGGACCCCCACAGCCCGGAGCAGCAGCCAUCAUGCGGGAGCACAGCGUGCCCAGGGCCGGGCUGGUGCUGCUGAGCGCCGCCGCCUUCGUGUGCGCGCUGGUCGUGAACGCGCUGGCGGGCGCGGGCAAAGGCCCCUUCCACUCCGGCACGGGGAACGUUUCGGCCCGCUACCCCACAGACAUCACCCCGGCCGGCUGGACCUUCUCCAUCUGGGGCCUGAUCUACACCUGGCUCACCAUGAUGGUGGUGUACCUCACCUCUUUUGUUUUCCAGGGGUCCUGGGCCCAGUGUCUGCUGCCCUGCUCCUUCUACUGCAGCUGGAUCUUCAACCUGCUCAUGAACAUCACCUGGCUGCUGCUGUGGGACAGGGAGCUGAUGCUGGCGGCCCUGGUGGUGCUGAUGCUGAUGGUGAUCUCCUGCUACAGCUGCCUGGUCCUCUGCUGCUUUGCCACAGAUUAUUAUGGGCUGUGGUUACGGACGUAUCACCGCAGAAACCUGGCCUGCCUCAGAAUCCUGGUCCUGAACGGUUUGGCCCUGUAUGCAACAUGGACCACCAUCGCCUCCCUGCUCAACCUGUCCGUGGUGCUGCAGCUCUGGGGCCUGGAGAGGAGCACCGCAGCCACCCUGUCCCUCUGCGUGCUGUUCGCCGAGCUGGUGGCCUGGUUCAUUCUGGAGAACUGGGUGCUGGACCGGUGGGUGCGUGACAUCCUGACCGUGUAUCCCGUGGUGAUUUUCGCACUGUCUGGAAUCAUCUACCAACAUUUUAUCCCGCCUCAUCCCACUCCCAACUCUGUGUUUACAGUGGUGCAGCUGGUGCUGGCCUGCAUCUUUUUGGUGUCCAAACUCUGCACGGUCGUCUGGAGGAACAAGUGGAGACCUCUGUUUUCUCCGGGUUCAGCUCGCCUAAUGGUCUCACCCCUAGAUGGAAAAUAAGCACUUUUUUGUCUUAAGAGGAGCCCACAUCUUUUUUCAGCACUGCCAAGAUGGGCUCCCACGCAGUUUAACCCUCAUUGCCUUUAACUUUAUGAAGCCUUACUAACAGCAGGUAAUCUACACCUGAGGGUUUGUCCACUCAGUAUUUGUGUUUGUGAUUU